AUGUCGGACUCACCAAGAACUCCAGAUGCACUCAAGAAAGCACCCCUUGAUAAUCCUCGAUUAGAGAUACCUCGCCCCGUGUUUCAACGCGAGACUACAUCCGAUUCCUCGGCAUGGCAAGCUUACACACCGAAGACUUCGCAUGGGUUCAUCGCCAUGCAUACCUCGACACCGGAGGACAUGCACGAGAACAGGGGUAACGGAAAGCCUACACCAGCCAAAGAUUACUUCUCAGUGCCAAAGCAGAAGCAUAAUCCCAUCCUUUCUCCUAACCCUGCGCCAUAUGAACCGCAUGGCUUCUUACCACUUUGUUCCGUUGCGGCCGUUGAAGUAGACGCGACCGAUUACUUUGGGCUCUCAGACAGGACUGUUAAAAGUGAUAUCGGAUGUGCAAGCUGCGCUGCUCCGGGUAUUGCCAAGGAUGCCGAGUGUAACGAUGCUCGUCUACCAGAAAGUCAUUAUAGCGAGCGCGAUGUCGCGCAUAAGCCAGAAGAAGAACCGGAUAUCGAAAAGGAGCCCGAGAUAAGAUUGCGCGGUGGCAGUGGCGAGGAACUUUGCGACGGAGACAAAGAGGCGAUCGAUCGUUCACCUGCAGACGACGUGCCCGACCCGAGACAUCAUCGACGAGAAAUCGAAGCUAAUCCACCGAUCGCUCCAUCGCCCAUCGAAAUAGCGCAUGAAGAUCACACCGAAGAACGUAUUCCUGUUGCGGUGUUCGAUAGAGCGCUCCGACAGAUGUUACGAGAAGUCGCGACCGUUUGUAAUCGCGCAAUAGAGAUGCACGUGGCUAGCGACGCUCCUCCCAGCACAGAACCCACGCUCGACAACACUGCGGAGUGUGACGACGCCGAAACGACAUCAGAGCCGCCAACAGAUCGAUCUGAUGCUACUGAGAGCACUCACGCGGCAUGA